AUGAAGCUUUCACUCAACAUGGGCGCCCUUGCGGCUUCCAAGCAAUCCGAAGAAAAGACUUCCUCUCAACAACCACCAACUUCUGAAGAUGAGAGUGUGAGUAGUUACAGCAGUGAUCAAGAAUCAGAAAGAGAAAGCACUAGGAAUAGUAGUAAUCGGAUGGAUACAAGUGCAGAUGAGGCUCCAAAAAUCCAACAACCUUCUCCUCUCCUUCAGAAACGUCCAAGUUUCUCUCUCAACCUGAAAGGAAUCGGUAACAAUGCAAUUACCGAUUCUUCAAAUAGUAUUUUACCAAAGGGGCAUGAAAUUGAGGAUGAUGAUUUGAAAGAAACUACCGGAUCUCGAGAUCGGUCAGUAAAUCCCUCGUCAUCAUCACUUCCUAAAUUUAAUUUACAAAUGACAUCAUUACCUGUAUCAGAUAACGCCUCAUCAGCAAAUUCUUUAGCAAAAGGCGAAUCUAUACUACAGGUACCUGUAGAUUUAAUUGUUCCGAAUUUAUGUACAGUCAAUUUAAAUAGUUCUCAAAAUAUUGAAAGCGUUCUUUCUCAAAUUGAGAGCGAUCUAAACCCCAUUAAGCGCGAAGAUUUGGAAUUAUUUAUUUUAAAGCCAGUAACAUCUAUUGAAGAUAUCAAAGAUGCCAAUUCUCUCGUUUGUAAAACGAAACAAAUGACUUUCAAUGUGGCAACCUUAUCCUCAUUGUCUAAGCAAAAUCAAGAGCUCAGAGUGAAGCAUGAUAAAACAAGUACUGCUCUUCUCAAUCUUUCUAAAGAAAAUGAAGAAAUGAGAGCGAGGAUUGAGGAACUCGAAAAACAAAAGGAAGAUGCCAGAAAACUUGUUGAACAGUUGCAAAACCAGCUGAAAACAUUAACACAAAACAUACAAAAUUGA